AUGGGUUCCGAGAAAGAGCUUCCAAUUUAUGGCAAUGGCAAUGUGGCCCCAAAGAAGCGCAAUUGCAAAGCUGUGUGGUCAUUGAGCCUCAUUUUAGUCGGUCUUUCUUGUUACGUAUUGAGCGGAAUUUUGAACACCCAAGGGUACCUCGGAGAUACCUUCCAAAGGUUCUCUGGCGACGAUGGAAAGAAUCCUGACUCGCUCUGUCCAAUUGUGGAAAAGGUGAAAUUCUCGGACUUUGUCUACGAGAGCGAUACCGUGGACCGUAUUCUUCAUGAUGCCAAAUUCCGCAAUCAGUCGAUUGAGAAGUUACUCGGUGCCGUGAAGUACCCUACUGAGAUGUAUGAUGAAAUGACUCGUCCAGAGGAGGCCGACUCCGUUGACGAGUUGUUGAAGAUCGAGCCAAGUUGGAAAUACUUCCAGGACUUCCAGAAGUACUUGAAGAAGACGUUCCCAAAGGUUCACGAGCAAUUGAGCCUUGAUAAGGUGAACGAUUUUGGCUUGGUUUACACUUGGAAGGGUAAGGACGAAAACAAGAAGCCAUUGCUUUUGACUGCCCACUACGAUGUCGUGCCUGUUCAGAAGGAGACUUUGGACCAAUGGACUUUCCCACCCUUCACUGGAGGCUACGAUGGUAAGUUCUUGUACGGAAGAGGUGUGUCUGAUUGCAAGGACUUGCUCAUUGGCUUGCUUGAAACUGUCGAGCUUUUGCUUUCUGAGGAAAAGUUCUCGCCUGAAAGAACGAUCAUUUUGGCCUUCGGAUAUGACGAAGAAGCUGGUGGUUCUGGAGCUCAGAAGAUCUUCGAGCACUUGGUGGGCAAGUACGGCCCUGACUCGAUGCUUCAAAUUAUUGAUGAGGGUUCAUCGGGAUUCCAAGAAAUGGAGGGUCUCAAUGUGAUUUUGCCUGCCACAGGCGAGAAAGGUUACGUUGAUUCCUUCAUCGAAUUGUACACCCCAGGAGGUCACUCGUCUGUGCCACCUAAGCACACUUCUAUCGGAAUUUUGGCUAAGCUUCUUAGUGACAUUGAGGAUGCUGAGUUCGAGAGUGUCAUCACCAACGCUAACCCUGUCUUGAACCAAUUGCAGUGUUUGGCAGAACACUCUCCUUUGAUUGACAAUGACUUGCGUAAGAACAUUUUGAAAGCCCAUUUCGAUACCAAGGCAAAUGAGGCUCUUUUGAAGUACCUCAGGGACCAAGUCUCCCAGAAGUUCCUUGUGACCACCUCUCAGGCCAUUGACAUCAUCUCCGGCGGUGUUAAGUCGAAUGCUUUGCCUGAGCAUGCUUCUGCCUUGGUGAACCACAGAAUUGCCGUCGAAGAGCUGGUCAAAUCGACGUCUGAGAAGGUCUUGGGACAGAUUAAACUGAUUGCCGAGAAGCACGAGUUGGGAUUGAUCUUUGAAGGUCAGACAGUCUACGAGCCAACCGAGCACGGCUACUUCAACUACACUCUUAGACAGAGCUUGGAACCAGCUCCUGUGACACCUACUCAAGACGAAAUCUGGAACUUGUUUGGCGGUUCCCUUCGUCACUUCUACGAGGAUGUCGUUUUCGCUGGUGAAUCCAAGGAAUUUGUUUUCGCCCCAUCUCUUAUGACUGGAAACACCGACACCAAGUGGUACUGGGACUUGACCCGCAACAUCUUCAGAUACGCACCCGGUCUUCCAAACCCACACCUGAACAUCCACUCGGUCGACGAAAAGACCAAUUUCGACGGACAUCUUCUGAUUAUUGCUUUCUACUACAACUACUUGCAAGUUGUUGAUCAGCUUGCGCAGUAG